AUGUCGUCUUUGACAGCAACAGAAACUAUCCCUGUCAAAUCUAAUGACUUAGAUAUUACAGAGAAGCACUGGAACAAUUGGCCUAAUGAAAAAGGCUUUGAUCCCGAAUACGAACAGCCCACGCCAGUUGAGCUCUCUGUAUCGGGUCAUAUCCCAGCUUAUGCUGCUGGAACACUUUAUAGAACUGGCCCAGGCAGCAGUCAAGUGAAGAAAGAUGACGGGCAACUCUUCCAGAUGUCGCACUGGUUCGAUGGCUUCGCCCAAACACACCGUUUCCAAAUAAUUUCAUCGAAUGAGAACGAUGCUACAAUCAAAGUCCUAUACAACUCUCGUUUCUCGUGCGAUUCUAUGAUUGAGAACAUCAAAAAAACCGGAAACUUGCAAAGCCUUGGGUUCGGGCAAAAACGUGACCCUUGCAAGACGGUCUUCAACAAAGUUCAAACUGAAUUUGAACCACCACUGGCAAGCGACCAGCCAUCAAGCGAUCAACAGUCAAGCGACCAACCACCUGACCCUGCCUUGUACAAUGUUAGCGUGACUCUCUCCGUCAAUAUGCCUGGCUUGAAGAAUUCGUCGGAAAACGAGGAUCAACCAACCCAGCGCUGGGCUGAUUCAAAGGGAGUCCAGAGCUUGUGGGCAAAGACGGACCACAAUGUAUUUAAGCAACUGCACCCGGAGACACUGGAGCCAAUCAGACUUGCCACACAAGCCAAUCUUCAUCCGGAUCUAGAAGGUCGAAAGACGGCUUCACACGCCCGCUCUGAUCCCGUAACGGGGGAUGUCUAUAAUUACAAUCUCACUUUAGAUUCAACCAGCAUUUACCGGGUCUUCCACAUCUCAGCUUCCACCGGAGAGACAACGAUCCUGGCCAUUUUCUCUGGAAUACCUUCAUACAUCCACUCUCUCAAUAUUUCCGAAAACUUCGUUAUACUAUGUGUAUGGAAUGCGCAUAUAAAUUGCGAGGAGCAUGAUGAUGGAUCUUUUAUAGACUCGAUCAUACCUACAGAUCCGACCCAGCCGGCGACAUGGUACAUAAUCGAUCGCAAAGGAAGUCGAGGUCUUGUCGCAACAUAUGAAAGUCCAGCAUUCUUUGCGUUCCAUACUAUCGGCGCUUACGAAGAACCAUCCAAGGAGGAUCCAACCAAUGUCGAUAUUGUUGCGGAUCUCGUUCGCAUCGACAGCUCCGAAUUCAUCAAAAACUCCCUAUACGAGAAUCUAAAGUCAUCUCUAUCUACUGCCAAGGCAUUUAUAGAGAACAAAGACCUUCUAUGCAGCACAUUCUCACGAUUCCGUCUUCCGGCUCUCCCUUCGAAUCUUAACUCUGAACCCCUCGAGGCAACAUUGGAAUGGUCUGCGUGCAAGGCUCACUCGCCGGAAUUGCCAACAAUGAACCCCAAAUACGUGACUCGGAAGUACCGGUACAUGUACGCUGUCGGAUUUGGAUCUGUCUCAACUUUCACAAGUUCAAUCGUCAAAUUUGAUAUAGAUACCCAGAAAGAUCUUGUAUGGUCGGUCCAUGGCCACUCACCCGGAGAGCCAAUUUUUGUACCAAACCCAAGCGGUGAAAAGGAGGAUGACGGUGUACUCCUCAGUGUGGUACUGGAUGGUUUCAAGGGCACUAGUUAUCUUCUCUGUCUUGAUGCUCAAACACUGAAUGAGCUCGGCAGGGCUAAUGUCAAUGGGGCGGUUGGUUUCGGAUUUCAUGGACAGCAUGUUCCAAGCGUGGGUUUGCCUACUGGAGAUUACUGA